UAUUUGGUAUAACGGUUGUGUUGGUUGAUAAACAAACUGGCUACUGGAUGGAUUCCAUGCUGGCUCUACCCUAUUCGAUGUUCCGUUAUUAUCAAUACCUCCCCUGGUUCGGAAAAUACGCAAGACAAGUAAUUGUAAUGUCCGCCCAUGAUGAUAAUCAUAUCUACGUAUACGGAUAUGAAAAACAAAUUGAUGAAUAUUUAAAACCAUAUUAUCCGUCUGCAAAGCUCAACCAGGGAGAUUAUACGAUUUUCAGUAACUAUCUCUGUGGUUUGUUGACUUAUGAAAAAGAAUACUUUGAUGGGGGAGUAGUCAUCUACGGUAAGAAGAAGAUUGGAGCUAUUGUUGUAGCCUGUGAGACUUCAUUUCAUUUCACGUGCAAAACCGAUAAGACAAAUUACCCUUUAAUUGAGAGCAUAGAUUUCGUCACACAUCUUAAAUCGGUGGAAUUUGUCGUCUUUAGUAGACUCAAGAUGUCGACGUCUGAUUGGCCAUUUAUCAACGAUGAGCUAAUUAUUGCAACUAUGGAAGCUCCAGAAACAUGUGUUACAAUCAACAAAGAAGAAACUUUUUUUUUGAGUAAAAGUUAUCAUAGAACGAUCACCAUAAAUUUUGACUACCCGUUGCACGUAAAAGCUGACGGACUUAUUGUUUGCUACUAUCUGAGCAAGGGCAAGGAUUGUACGUCAAGCAUGGCUUUAGCUUGGCUGGUUCCUGUUGAAUUAUUCUACUUUAGCUACGUGUUCAGCGUGCCCUUUCCUUACAACUCGACAGCUAGCCAGAUGAGAGCCUAUGCUAUUUUAGUGGCAGAUAAAGAUAAAUAUACAAGUCUUUUAGUUGACGGCAAGCACGCUCUUAACUACAGAUGUAUCCAUAAUAUAAAAUCUGUGACAGCUAUAUUAGUUUUUGCUGAAAAAGCUUUGGUGUCAGAUGUGAGUACAACUUCCUAUCAAGUGCGAUAUUUGAAAAUCUCACCAGGCUCGCAUACGGCUUCCUCCACAAUUCACUAUCCUUUCGGCCUUUACCUGUAUGGGUGGAAAGACGGCGGCACCUUCUUACACGCUGCUGGUUAUGCAAUCCGUAAAACUAGUGGGGAUUGUACAACUGAUCUUGGAGCUAUGCUUCCUGGAGACUUGGUAGACAACGAUUGUGAUGGGCUCCUCGACGAAGAUCUCAGGACGGCGGAUGGGGUCAAUGGUCAGAAUUCAGCUGCAAUUACCCGACGGAGGAGUUCUUUGAAAAGCGAAGCCUUUGAACGAACCACAAGGCAGAGGUUGUUUGAUUAUGGAGAUGUCUCUUCUAGAUAUGUUGCUAUCCCCAGCUGUUGA